GUCGGCCGCGGCGACUCGCGUAAACCGGCCUUGAGCGCCUACAAGGCCCUCAAGGAGAAGGCCACGUACGCGAAGAGCCUCCGCCUCGCGGCGCUCGCCGCGCAGGUUCACGAGGCCAAGGCCGGCCACUUCGAAACAGUCAUCGCGGCGAUCGACAAGACGAUGCAGGACCUCAAGGAGGAGGAGACCGCGGACAUUGCCAAGCGCGACCAGUGUAAGGAGGAGAUCACGCAGUCGAACGCGACCAUCCUGGACCUCACCUGGAAGAUCAAGUGCAACGAGGCCAAGAUCGACAAACUGCAGCGAAAGAUCGAGGAGAAGCAGGCCAUGAUCGCGGAGUCCAGGCAGGUCAUCAAGGAGACCUACGCGUACAUGAACGAGACGACGGACAUCCGCACGCAGGACAACGGCGACUUCAUCCAGGCUAAGCAAAACGACCAGAAUGCCAUCGAGCUGCUGGUGAAGGUGCGCGACACACUCUCCAAGUACUACCACCAGAACACCACGGGCUUCGGCACCGUCCAGGGCGCCGUCAAGGGCGCCGCGCUCGCCCAGCAGAAGCAGGAGCCGGAGUUCAAGGUCUCCGAGUGGGAGGCCCCAGACGCGACCUUCUCCAAGUCCACCCACCGCAUCGGCGAGGCCAAGGGCGUGGUGUCGCUGCUGACGAUGGUCAUCGAGGACCUGAACGACGAGAUUGCGAAUGACAUGAAGUCCGAGGAGCCGUUUGGCGUCAGGCAGGCUUGGCUGGCCGCGCCGCCUCCGUGGAUCUCGCGGCCUCCACCGUGCCGCCCUAUUGCGGCGGCCAUGGCGUCGGCAACAGCGCUGGAGAAGUGGGGUUUGUACGGGUACCCGCCGUUCUUCACGCACCCGGUGAAGCCCUUGUGGAACCUGCUCGCGGGCCAUGGGUAUCCGGACGCGCUGGCCAAUUUUGCCGCUGACCACCAAAAUCCUGGCAAUCUUCUCGGUCACGUGGCCAUCCUCUUCGCGCAGGUCUUCGCAAACUUCGCGCUCCUGGGCGAGGGCGACAGACUGCUUGGGAGGUGGGCGUUCGAGAGGCUUCUGCGCGGCGGCUCUUCCACGAACGGAUCUAUGGGUUGA